AUGUAUGUAAACACGGAAACAAAUCCCUUCUGGUCACAUCAAGUAAAAUUUAUAACAAGAUUAUGCAGACCAAAAUUGAACACUGUCACUUCUGUCGACCUCAGCAUUUCCGGGAUUUCAAACUAUUGCUUUGCUUUCAAUAUGUCAGAAGCGAACAAAAUGCUACAUCCUGAAUUUGCUGUGCGACCAGUUAUGUAUACUGGGCUAGGCGAUGUAGUCGGUUCCACUGUAUGGUCCAGUGGAGAAGCAUCAUCAUUAGCUGCUAUUCCUGGGUCGAAAGUAGCUGAUUCAACUAAUUUUCCACAUCCCGUCGCUGAAUCUCUUGCAAAAUUUGGUAAAGCAGCUGAAAAAGCUAAUCGAAUGCAAGUGUUAGCCUCUUCACAAGGUUUACAUGCACCGUUACGUCUCUCGAUGGAACAACGCAUUAUGCAACGUAUUCAACCACGUCUGCCUGGUUUGUAUUCGCAUCAUCCAUUGGCUAGUCAAUUAAGUGGUAGUUUAGAUGAGAUUGAUGUAGCUGAUUUUAUUAAUCCUGCUGAAGAUUCUGAAUCUAUUGGAUUGCCUCAUUUAAUGAUGGAGCAUAAACUUAGUCUUUUGUAAAUUUCAAUAAUUUUUUGAUAAAACUGUUGUUACGAAAAAGAAAAAACGAGCUGAAAACUACCGACCAAUCAACCUGACUUUGUAUUAUUGCAUAGUCGUCAUAAUAUUUCAAAAUAUCAUUUGAUUAAGAAAUAAACGUAUGAAAUAUAUAU